CAGCAUGUUCAUCAUGAUCACAAUUUUAACCAACUGUGUGUUUAUGACGCUGAGCAACCCCCCGGCGUGGUCCAAGAACGUGGAAUACACCUUCACUGGGAUAUACACCUUCGAGUCCCUCAUCAAGAUACUGUCAAGAGGCUUCUGCAUUGACAGCUUUACAUUCCUGCGUGACCCGUGGAAUUGGCUGGACUUCAUGGUCAUCUCCAUGGCCUACAUCACAGAGUUUGUGGACCUGGGCAACAUCUCAGCUCUCAGGACGUUCCGUGUCCUCCGUGCCCUGAAAACUAUCACAGUAAUUCCAGGGCUGAAAACAAUUGUUGGGGCACUGAUCCAGUCGGUGAAGAAGCUCUCGGACGUCAUGAUCCUCACGGUCUUCUGCCUGAGCGUGUUUGCCCUAAUUGGCCUCCAGCUGUUCAUGGGGAACCUCCGGAACAAGUGUGUGCGAUGGCCGCCCCCCCUCAACGACACUCUGCCGGGGGACUUCGUGGAGCUGGGCAAUGACACGUGGGCCAACGCAACGCUCUACGGCAACCUCACCGCCAACAGCACCUUUGAUUUCGAGGCCUACCUCAACGAUGAAGCAAAUUUCUACUUUCUGGAGGGAGCGCUCGACGCCCUGCUCUGCGGUAACAGCAGUGAUGCUGGGAAGUGCCCCGAAGGGUACGAGUGCAUUAAAACAGGGAGGAACCCAAACUAUGGCUACACCAGUUACGACACCUUCAGCUGGGCUUUCCUUUCUCUCUUCCGCCUCAUGACACAGGACUUCUGGGAGAACCUCUUCCAGCUGACGCUGCGUGCAGCUGGGAAAACGUACAUGAUCUUCUUUGUAGUGGUUAUAUUUCUUGGUUCCUUCUACCUCAUCAACCUCAUCCUUGCGGUGGUGGCUAUGGCCUAUGCAGAACAAAAUGAUGCUACAAUGCUGGAAGCACAGCAGCAAGAGGAGGAAUUUCAGCAGCUCAUGGAACAGCUGAAAAAACAACAGGAGGAGCAAGAGAAACAGUUGCAGGACAGGCGGUUCAGCGGCAGUUCCCUGCGCAGCAGCACGGCGGUGAAGAACAGCAACUCUGACCAAGGUCUGAAUAGCGACCAGGGCAAGGCCAAAGACUGCAAUGGGCAAGUGGUCCCCAAGGUCAUGCUGGAGCGAUCCGCUACGGUGAUUGAUUUCAAUCCUGCCAAUGAAGCAGAGAAAUCAGACCACAACCACCUCCCCAUGGACAGCCAAGAUGGGCCAGACCUCGAGAAAAGAGUGGGAAGCACAGUCAGUGUCAUCCCCAAUGCUGUGGAAGAGCUGGAGGAAGCUCACCAGAAGUGCCCACCUUGGUGGUACAAAUUUGCCCACACGUUCCUGGUCUGGAAUUGCUGCCCUUUGUGGCUGAAGCUGAAAGGGUUUGUCAAGCUGGUGGUGAUGGACCCCUUCGUGGACCUGGGCAUCACCAUCUGCAUCGUGCUCAAUACGCUCUUCAUGGCCAUGGAGCACUACCCCAUGACGGAGGAGUUUGAGAAUGUGCUGAGCGUGGGGAACCUGGUCUUUACAGGGAUCUUCACAGCGGAGAUGGUCCUGAAACUCAUUGCGCUGGACCCCUAUGAGUACUUCCAGCAGGGCUGGAACAUCUUUGACAGCAUCAUCGUCACACUGAGCCUGGUGGAGCUGGGCCUGGCGAAUGUGCAGGGGCUCUCCGUGCUCCGCUCUUUCCGCCUGCUGAGGGUUUUCAAGCUUGCCAAGUCCUGGCCCACCCUGAACAUGCUCAUCAAGAUCAUCGGCAACUCGGUGGGUGCCCUGGGGAACCUCACGCUGGUGCUGGCCAUCAUCGUCUUCAUCUUUGCCGUGGUGGGGAUGCAGCUCUUCGGGAAGAGCUACAUGGAGUGCGUGUGCAAGAUCUCCUCCGACUGCACGCUGCCGCGCUGGCACAUGAACGACUUCUUCCACUCCUUCCUCAUCGUCUUCCGCAUCCUCUGUGGGGAGUGGAUCGAGACCAUGUGGGACUGCAUGGAGGUGGCUGGCCAGACCAUGUGCCUCAUUGUCUUCAUGAUGGUCAUGGUCAUCGGGAACCUCGUGGUCCUGAACCUGUUCUUAGCUUUGCUGCUGAGCUCCUUCAGUGCCGAUAGCCUGGCAGCUUCUGAUGAUGAUGGAGAGAUGAACAAUUUGCAGAUUGCUAUUGGCAGAAUCACCAGGGGCAUCGACUUUGUAAAGAGCUCUGUCCUCAUGCUACUCCGCAGGCUGUGGAAGGGGAAGAAGGGCCCAGAGGAAGAGCAAGAAGAGAGCAAGAUGGACGACUCUGUGCUAAACCACGUGGACACCAGCCAGGAUCCCAAGUCGGAGUACAUGGACGGAGUCGCUGUGAAAGAGCAUUUGUUCAUGGAUGAACUGGAUCACAUGAAUUUCAUUAACAACCCCAACCUGACCGUCCACGUCCCCAUUGCCUCAGAGGAGUCUGACCUCUAUGAGGAAGAGACGAGCACCCAGUCUGACACUGAAGAUGCCAAGAAUCCCCUGUCAAGCGACAACACGUCGUCACUGUGCAGCACCGUGGACUACAAGCCCCCGCUGCCGGUGGAGGAGGAGGCGGCAGAAGAGGCCGAGGACAGCAACGAGCCCGAGGAGUGCUUCACGGAAGCCUGCGUGAAGAGGUGUCCCUGCCUCUACGUCGACAUCACCUCUGAGAAAGGGAAGAUAUGGUGGAACCUCCGGAAAACCUGCUUCGUGAUCGUAGAGCACGACUGGUUUGAGACCUUCAUCGUCUUCAUGAUCCUCCUCAGCAGCGGGGCGCUGGCUUUUGAAGACAUCCACAUUGAACAGCGGCGGGUGAUACGCACCAUCCUGGAGUACGCUGAUAAGGUCUUCUCCUACAUCUUUGUCAUGGAGAUGUUGCUCAAGUGGGUGGCCUACGGCUUCAAGGUGUACUUCACCAAUGCGUGGUGCUGGCUUGAUUUCCUCAUAGUUGAUGUUUCCAUUAUCAGCCUGACAGCGAACUGGAUGGGAUACUCCGAGCUGGGAGCCAUCAAGUCGCUGCGGACACUGAGGGCUCUGAGACCGCUGCGAGCCCUGUCCAGAUUUGAAGGCAUGAGGGUGGUGGUGAACGCCUUGCUGGGUGCCAUCCCCUCCAUCAUGAACGUCCUGCUGGUCUGCCUCAUCUUCUGGCUGAUAUUCAGCAUCAUGGGGGUAAACCUCUUCGCAGGGAAGUAUUACCGGUGCAUCAACGUCACCACAGGCGAGCUCUUUGACAUCAGCGUGGUGAACAACAAAAGCGACUGCAUGGCCCUUCUCUACACCAACGAGGUCAGAUGGGUCAACGUCAAGGUCAACUUUGACAACGUUGGCUUGGGAUAUCUGUCCUUGCUACAGGUGGCGACCUUCAAAGGCUGGAUGGACAUCAUGUAUGCAGCCGUGGACUCACGUGAGAUUGAAGAGCAGCCAAUGUAUGAGAUCAACCUCUAUAUGUACAUCUACUUCGUCAUCUUCAUCAUCUUUGGCGCUUUCUUCACUUUGAACCUCUUCAUUGGUGUCAUCAUUGACAACUUCAAUCAGCAGAAGAAAAAGCUUGGAGGGAAAGACAUCUUCAUGACAGAAGAGCAGAAGAAAUAUUAUAAUGCCAUGAAGAAGCUCGGCUCCAAAAAACCCCAGAAGCCCAUCCCCAGGCCCUCGAACAAAUUUCAAGGCAUGGUGUUUGACUUUGUUACCAAGCAAGUGUUUGACAUAACCAUCAUGAUCCUGAUUUGUCUUAACAUGAUAACUAUGAUGGUCGAAACAGACGAUCAAAGUGAACUCAAAACAGAUGUCCUCUACAAGGUUAACCUGGUCUUCAUCGUCAUCUUCACUGGGGAAUGUGUGCUCAAAAUGUUUGCCUUGCGCUACUACUAUUUCACUAUCGGUUGGAACAUCUUUGACUUCGUGGUGGUCAUCCUCUCCAUUGUAGGUAUCGUGCUCUCGGACAUCAUAGAGAAAUAUUUUGUAUCACCCACCCUCUUCAGGGUCAUCAGGCUGGCGAGGAUUGGCCGUGUCCUCCGGCUGAUUCGAGGGGCGAAAGGCAUCCGGACUCUCUUGUUCGCUCUGAUGAUGUCCCUGCCCGCCCUGUUCAACAUUGGCCUCUUGCUUUUCCUUGUGAUGUUCAUCUACUCCAUCUUCGGGAUGUCCAACUUCGCCUAUGUAAAGAAGGAGGCAGGGAUUGACGACAUCUUCAACUUCGAAACUUUAGGGAACAGCAUCAUCUGCCUGUUCCAGAUCACCACAUCAGCCGGAUGGGAUGGUCUCCUUAGCCCGAUCCUGAACAGUGGCCCCCCCGACUGUGACCCAGACCUGGAAAACCCUGGCAGUUCAGUAAAAGGGGACUGUGGCAAUCCCUCCAUGGGCAUCUUCUUUUUCUGCAGCUACAUCAUCAUUUCCUUUCUUAUCGUGGUGAACAUGUAUAUCGCCAUCAUCCUGGAGAACUUCAACGUGGCCACAGAGGAAAGCAGCGAGCCCCUCUGUGAAGAUGAUUUUGAAAUGUUCUAUGAAAUUUGGGAGAAGUUUGACCCAGAUGCUACCCAGUUCAUUGCGUACAGCACCUUGUCUGACUUUGUAGACACCUUACAGGAGCCGCUCAGAAUUCCCAAGCCAAACAAGAUCAAACUAAUCACCAUGGAUCUACCGAUGGUUGCUGGGGACAAAAUCCACUGUCUGGAUAUCCUCUUUGCCCUGACUAAGGAAGUGCUGGGAGACUCGGGAGAGAUGGAUGCCUUGAAGGACACCAUGGAGGAGAAGUUUAUGGCUGCAAACCCUUCUAAGGUUUCCUAUGAACCCAUCACUACCACUCUGAAAAGGAAACACGAGGAAGUGUGUGCCACAAAAAUCCAAAGAGCUUUCCGGAGGUACCUCCUGAGGCGCUCGGUGAAGCAGGCCUCCUACAUGUACAGGCACAGCAAAGAUGAGGAUGCCCUGAAAGAGGAAGCGCCUGAGAAAGAAGGCCUGAUUGCAACCAAAAUGAAUGAGAUGUAUGGGAACAGCGGGACAGACGCAGAGACAGCCCCUGCCUUUAGUCUCGCACCUGUUCCAGGCUCAGAGACUCAACAUGCUCCUGGUGAAGCAAAGAAACGGGAGAAGGAACGUGUUGUGAAAGAGUCGCUGGUAUAACAGAAAGCGUUUUCCAGCUCUCAUCAUCAAGAAGCCUGAAAAGACUCCAUUUGUGUGUCUCCUUCAAGAACUCUUCCGUAUCCAGAUCAAUAGAUCUUAGAUAUUGAGCUGAUUUCAGAUAUUUCAAGUAUACACCUUCACUUUUGAAGCAGGAUCUCUUAAUGAUCCUGUUUCUUAUAGUUCACUGCACUUGCGAAGAAUUUAAUAUUUUUCUUAUGAGAUUUAAAUGUGAAAUCUGUCUAUUGCUGGUGAAAGAGAAAUAUUUUAGUUUUGAAAUGAUCUAGUCGUGGUAACUAUAUUUUUCAGACAUUAAUGAAUGACUGUCCUUUUAUUUAAAGUAAUUAUUUAUUAAUAUUAUUUCACAUUUAAGAAAGUUUUCUGCAUAUUAUUCUUCCAGAGUGCAUCCAGGUAGCCAGUGAAAGAUGAGCCAAAUGAGAUAAUAUUAAGAAUAAUUACAGAAAUGACAAGGUUUUGUGAACAAAAAUCUCCAAUGUCUUAAAGUAGCACUUUUCUUUUGAAUAUUUGAAUAAGCUUUAAGGAUUUUUGUUAUAUACAAAGAAAGUGCAAUUAUGUCUUAAAGAUUUGUUUGCAUAGCCAAAACAAAGCAUCUGCAGAUAUGUUCUCAGGGUUGAAUAUGAGUUUUUAAAGGUCUCUGAAUACGCAUUGAAAUCGUAAACCAUUCAGAUCUCUACGGUACAAAUGCAAGCUGUAUUUAUAUUCAUGCUUCUCUUCUGUUUUCCCGUUUCAUCUAGAUUAUACAGCAGGAAAGCAGUGGGCAAAAAUAGUGCUUGGAGAGCAUCCUCCAAGAGUUCCCAGUCCCCGUAGCAAAACUGCCUCUAGCGUUUCUUCGAGCCCCAUAACAAGCAGAAAUCUCCUGUUGAAGCACUCCUGGCUACUGUUAGUUGACAGGAUGCAUCCCCGGGGAUCGGCGCAAGCCUUUAAACAACAUUUUGUAGCGAGCUGCUUCGACAGGUACCCUUAAAUCCCAUCUGCCGCCGAGAGUCGGGAUCCUUGCCCAAAGCAACAGGGCUCCCGAGGAGGGGGGUUGUACUGAGCCGCGUCUUGCUCCACGUUGCCUUGCUCAGAGCGGUGUUGUCCGAGGCCACGUCGCAUCGUAAAGUCUGGUCUGAGUCGCAGCGGCGUUGGUUUUGGCACAUCUGGCACAUCUGGGAGUGCAGGGGUGGGGAGGGCGCGCGCGGUUCUGGAGACGUCGCUGUGCGGGGUGGCACGUGCUGAGGUGUCUGCAGAGCUGGGGCCACGGGCAAAGCCCGGGGGCUUGGGGCUGGCCGGCUGCAGGCAGACCCUUGUCGGGAAAGGUCCGGGCAGAGAAGAGUGUGCCGGAGGAAGGGUUUUAUCCACCAUUUAUAUGGGUGGCCAAAAGGAAAGUAAAUUGGGAAAACAGGGAGAUGGCCCAGAGUUCAGACAAGUUUCAUUUCUGGACCAUCAUCUUUCUUAAAAGGGGAAAAACACUUGAGAUCAAAAGAAACAUGAACCAAAAAACUUUUUCCGGUUAAAACAAGGGCUACUUUUUGAAGCCAGUGGGUCUGUCGUUUCUUUUCUUGGGCAGAUUUUGGCUCCAAGCUGUUAGGAUGUCUCAUGUUCGUGUUGGCCAGGAGCGGUGCUAAGCUUGUUUGAGUCCGUAUGCUUUCGGCCAGGCAGCAGGGUCGUUCUGCUCGUCGUGUAAUGCUGUGUUGCGCUUUCAUUUCGAUGUGCGUAGGGUGACGCUCCCUGGAAUAGGAGCCUGAGCUAUUUACUGUGUGACUUGAUGCUUUAAAUUGUGUUUACACGGGAAGCAUCCAU